UCUACAUAUAUUGUGUCUACAGUUUAUCCUAAGUGACCGACGAGAAUGUCAGCUGGAAAGCUAGAGAUGAAAGCUUCUCUGACUGAGUUCCACGAAGUCGAGAUGACCAGGGAGGAGAUUGCCAAAGAGGACACUUGGGAAGUAGUGGACAAGUUGGACGUUGAGGGUGUGGACAGCAGGACCGUGCAGAGACAGUUACAGCCGCCGCCACAAGACAAAUUCACCGUCCAAGAAUGCAUAGAUAAAAUAGGUUUUGGAAAGUUCCAGGUGAAGCUGGCCAUACUAACAGGUGUCUCCUGGACAGUGGAUGCCAUGGAAAUGAUGAUACUAGCCAUUCUUACCCCCGCCCUGCAUUGUGACUGGAGACUGGCCGGAUGGCAGGAGGCUCUGGUUACUACGAUGGUGUUCUGUGGUAUGCUGUGCAGUUCAAGUCUCUGGGGAUCACUGUGUGACAAGUAUGGGCGAAGGACGGAGUUGAUCCUAUGCUCCGUGACCACCUGUUAUUUCAGCUUUCUCAGCUCCGUGGCACCAAACUAUACCUGGAUGCUAAUAUUGCGGGCGCUGGUUGGAUUUGGCAUAGGCGGCGCCCCACAAUCCGUUACGCUUCUGACAGAAUUUCUGCCCACACAAUCUAGAGCUACAUGCGUGACACUCAUUGAGAUUUUCUGGACGACAGGGGCGUGUUUCGAGGUCCUCCUGGCCCUCCUCGUGAUGCCCUCUCUCGGGUGGAGGUAUCUUUUGGCUUUCUCGGCGAUACCAAUUUUUAUCUUCUGCAUCUUCAGCAUGUGGCUACCAGAGAGUGCCCGAUACAACAUGACCACUGGCUACUACGACAAAGCUCUGCAGACACUGGAGAGGAUAGCCAGAGAGAAUGGAAAGCCAAUGCCAGAGGGGAUCUUGGUAGAACCAAUUAAUCACUCAGUCAAGCGUGGAAGAUUUGGCGACCUACUGAUACGAAGACUUCGUUUGACCACGUUACUUAUGUGGACGAUUUGGUUUGUGACGUCCUUCUCCUACAAUGGAAUCGUUCUGCUGACUACAGCCAUGUUUGAAAGCCCGGAUGGUUGUCACGGGUCAGAGGUCAAGUUCAACCCGAAUCCUACCUGCUUUUUGGAAUGUAAAUCUUUGACCAAAAAAGAUUACAUUGACUUGACGUGGACAACAUUUGCUGAGUUCCCAGGUCUGUUCAUCACGGCAUUUUUACUGAACAAAAUUGGUCGAAAGUACACCAUGGCUGUGGAGCUGUUAGUCUUUACGGUGGUUGUUAUGUUGGUCAACAUAUGUAUGCCACGGGAAGGGCUGACAUUUUUCCUGUUCGUGGCAAGAGCUGUUAUUUCAGGGGCGUUUCAAGGCGCCUAUGUGUAUACACCCGAGAUUUACCCGACGUCAGUGAGAGCCAUUGGACUGGGGACGUGCAGUGGUAUGGCACGAGUAGGGGCGAUCAUCACACCUUUUGUUGCUCAGGUGCUAUUGAAGCAAUCAACGUACGCAGCUAUCUCUCUGUAUGGAAGUUUUUGUCUCAUAGCGGCGUUGGCAGCGUUUUUCUUACCAAUAGAAACAAGAGGCUAUGACAUGAAGGACUCUGGCAGUGAGGUGCCUAAGGUAACAGUACGUGACGUCACCAGCAGGACACGAUUAAAAUGGACAACAAAAUUUGUCCAAAAUACUUGACCAAGUCUACAAUGUCGCAGCUUCGAAAUAAAUAAGUCCUUUUAUA